AUGGUGAGAGCCGACGAGGUAUCUCUCGAAGAAUUUCGGAAAAGUCCCGCUGCAUACAGCUUCACCUUCCCAACAUGCCCAGGCGGAUGGGUUCUUGGAAAUCUCAAUUCUGAGGCAGCGUGGUGCCGGCACAUGUGCAACAAAGCUCAAAUUAAAGUUAUAGAUGUUGACUACCGUCUCGCUCCCGAGUUCCCGUACCCAACUAGCAUCUACGACUCGUGGGAUGCUGUGAAAUGGACAAUUGCAAAUGCCUCUAGGCUCAAUAUUGAUUCGUCGAGUGUUUCUAUUGGAGGCCUAUCGGCAGGAGGUCAAAUGACAGCAGUAUUAGGCCAUUUUGCCCGCGAUGCAGGCGUUGACCUGAAACUGCAGCUGAUCAUUGUUCCAGCGACAGACAUGCGCUACUGUCUAAGAACACGAGAGUUGAACAAGGCCACUUGUCCCUAUGAAAGUGUCUUGCUAUACCAUGAUGCACCUUGGGGCCCCUUGGGGAGAGAGCAAUGGUUUCUGAAAUAUUGGUUGGGCGAUGAUGACGACGUGCAAGAAAGUAUCUUGACGAAGGACUGGAUUUGCACACCCGUUCUUGCUCCCUCAUUUGAAAACCUUGCGAAGGCACACAUUAUCACGGCCGAGUUUGAUCUUGAACGGGAUGAAGGGGAGUUUUAUGGUCUACUUAUGCAGAAUGCUGGGAAUGAAGUCACAAUGAAGAGAUACCCGGGCAUGCCCCAUGCGUUUGCGCACUACAAUCACCCAGAAAGAGGACUUUCGCAAAGCUUUGCGUAUAUUGAAGAUACGAGUCGACUCCUUCGGGAGGUGCAUUUUGGCAAGAGGGGAGAAUAA